CACACGCGCCAACCAAACGACCGUCUAUUCACGUGAUCUCAAUAGACCAAUGAAAAGGUGUGUUUGUUUACACCGCAUCUAGCAAAAAAAAAAAAAAAAAAAAACCUGCGUGCUUGCUAGGUCACAUUUUUUUUCAACGUUUUCAGCUCAACAUUAAAUAUUUUACAUCAAUAUUUGACUGAAAAUAAUUUCACGUCUGCGUUUAAAAAAAAUAUUGUUUCACGCGAUCAGAGGUUAGCGUCUGGCUUUAGAGGUCAAGCCGUUUUGAACCCAUCUUCUACAACUGUUCAGUUAACUUUAAGUUGGAUAGAAUAAGAAACUAACAGACUGUCCAUCCGUCAUCCGACACCAACAUGGCUGUCAUCCGUCCGUCAUCGGCACUGACGGCCACCCUCUACACCCACUGCAUCAUUUUCGUCGUCGUCGCCAUCUUCAACUUCUCCAUUGUCGACAAUGUCCUGCAGGUCAACUUCGGCUUUGGCAUCGCUCUGAUGGUGCUGGCACUGAUUGCGCUACUGUUGAGCGUGACGUCACCUGACCAAGACAGCAGUCUGCUCCGGUCUCUCCUCAUGUCCAUCAGCGCGCUCUGGACGGCCGUCGGGCUGUACCACGUGGUACAGUUCUACACCCCCAACAACAUCACCGACUCUGAGGCAUUAUGGGCCGGCUAUGGCACCUUCCUCCUGACCUUCCUCUUCUACGUGUGUGGUUCCCUCCACCACAAAGAUCGCUUCUGCGCCAUCCUCUCUCUUGGCAUGUUUCUGUCCUGUAUCUUCGAGAUCGCUGCUCUCUGGACUCCAGUUCGCAGAAGCGCCGCUGCGUACUAUCUCCUCCUGGCUUUGAUAACCUUAUACCUAACCGUUUCCACGUUAUGGACCAGGUUUCGAGAAGGCGAACCCAAGCCUAAAAUUUCCCAAAGUGAAGAGUUCAAAACGUCUAAAGAUUAUAUCCCUAUGGCGCAUGUCAUGAAUACAUUAGCCGCCGCGGUGUAUGCUGGGCAGGUGACGCGGAUUUUCCAACACGCGUCUGCUGAGUUCACAUGGGUGAUCGUUGCUGGCGUUUUCCAACUUGUUGCCGCGGUGGUUGCCGUCAGGCGAAACGAAAUCUACCACGGGCUCUACUUCAUCUUCCACGCCACCUUCUGGAUCACCAACGGUUUCAACCUCGCCGUCGUUUUCACGACAGGCGAGCUUGUCCCUCUUACCCUCAUCGCCGCCACCGUUAUCCAUUUCAUCAUCUUCGCUGUCAUUGCCAUCAUCUCUCUGACGCGUGAAGUGUACCAGCUGCCCCAGAAUCUGGCGCUGUGUGUUCUGUGUGUGGCUAUUCUCGUCGACGACAACAACUCAGGGGCGUUUCUCGGGGCGAUGGGGUGGAUCCUGUUUGUUUUCUCCCUCUACGGUCUAGCCGCUCACAUCUCCCGAGUUAAAAACUCCGGUUUCAAACUCCCUCUAGGUACGCGUCUUGUUGAUCCAGCGAGAAUCGCAAACUUUUUUCUAACGCAUUUUAAAUCAUGUUUCUCGCAUGUCAAAACAAUAAGCACUUCAUCUAAACAAGGGAAAGCUUUAUUUUCUGCUGAUUUUACUCUCGGUUACUCCCGAUACGGUGGUUUUGAUGUAGCAGGUUUUGCUUUAAACGCUAUCGCCGCUGUAGCCAUUCUGUGGAGUCCUUCCGGGCUUUGGGUUUUACCUUGGGCUGUUGUUCUAGGCGGUAUCGCUCAGAUGAUUGUAGGUUCGAUCUGUUUCGCUAAAGGGUUAUCGUUCGAAAGCUGUGCUUUCUUCACUUUCGGGUCACUGUGGUUGAUAUGGGGUCCGGCCCGGGGGAUCGGAACGAUAGAUCAGGACAACUCCGCCGCCAUCAUCACCGGAUGUGUCGGCUUCUUGUCCGUCGGCCUUCUUCUUCUCGGUCUUUCCACGAUCAUCAACAAAGCCUGGACGGUCCUGACUUUCUUCUUCAACCUCAUCAUCGUCGGCAAUCUUCUCCACGCCGUCAACGCCAACGGUUCUUUCAUCUACGAGAUCGUCAUCACGGUUCUUUUCGUCAUCGUCUGCAUCUACUGUUUCAUCGCCACGGCGCUCAGGUCGGUGUGGGGGAGGGAACUGCUGCCCCUGGGGAAACCGUUCCUGCAGGUCAGCUUUCUGCACUCGCAGGGGGAGCAGGCGUUCUGGGCAGACGGUAAACGUGCGAGUGGGGUCAAGGCCAUUGCAGAUAUCAUGAACAGAGGAGGUAUCUGCGGUAUACCAACAGAUACAGUUUAUACUCUGGUCGCUGCUUGCAAGUUCCCUGCCUCAGUUGAGAGAGCGUACAACACGAAAAAGCUGGCCGAAGACAGGCCCAUGUCCAUGUGGAUCUCCAAAGUGGAGCAGCUUGAGGCAGGUCGCCCCCUCUUUGGCGAGCUAGUCUGGGGCCUGAUGAACGAGAUCUGGCCCUCAACCGUCAGCCUUGUCGUCCCCAAAGGUGAAUGGCUCCAGACUCUUGGCAUCGGAGAGUCCGAGAAGUACAUCGGGCGUCCGGACAGCAUCGCCUGCCGCAUGCCGGACAACACCGUGACGUCACACCUCAUCGACCAGACGGGGCCGAUCGCCGUGACGUCAGCUAACCCCACGGGCGAGGCGGACACGACCCACCACCUCCAGGUUCUGGCCAAGCUGGGCCUAGAAAACUGCGAUGGUAUCCUGUGUUCCGGGCCCUCUCCGGAAAACAUGGCGUCCACUGUCGUAGACUGCCGGAAGUUGAGCACCGAAGGGAAGCUGGCCUUUUUCAGGAUCGGGGUCGUCCCCAGGUCACAGGUCGAGGCCAUGUUUGAGAAGGUCAAGGCCAUUCACGAAGGUGGUGUCCCUCCGAGCAUCGCGUCCACGACUUCAGUUGGGAACGGUUGUCACGUGAAUACGGGAUUUGUGGAUGACCACGGUGACCUCGGCGACAACGCCAUCUACGGCGAGACAGCCGCCAACACCAGCCAGUCGCAGAUCGUGCCUUCCGUCUCCAACAGCACCAACACGUCCUUCGACGUCAGCUUCGCCGAGUCCACCGCCGACGACGACGCCCAGCUCAUCAACGUCAUCGGCUCCGGUUUCCUCCGCCACAGCAAGCACAACCCCGCUGCAACUGGACUCGCCGGUCGCGUGAACAAAGUCUACGAUAGCCUCAGACCCCUCCAGCGUAAAAUAGACAAAGCCAACACCCCUAAGCAGAAUGGGCACACCCCGCUUCCCAGCCCCGCUCAGGACUCUGAAGGUGAUACGGACAAAAGCUCGAAUUCCGGAAGCGAUUCCUACGAACCCAUGCAGAUUCAUACGCCAAGGUCAGGUGCCAGUAUUGACGACCUUCAACAAAUUGAUCUGAUUUCUGAUAAUGUAGCGCCGAAUUUUAGUAUAAACCCGCUCUUUGAUGAGACUCCAAUGUAUACAAAACUUUAACAAAAAAAAUCUAAAUUGCUCCUUAAAUUAAAAAAAAAAAACUAAGCAAUAACUUUGGAUAGGUGAUUCCUUCAUUUCGCAUUUUUAAAGUUGCACCAAUUAAUGACGUCAUGCUGUUGUCUCGAAGUUAAGCACCGGUGGGGGAUCAUUCAUUAAAUUAUUUCAACUUUUCAAUGCUUUAAUCUCUGAUUGCCAUGAGGGUAUAAUAUGUAGGUUACAUUUUGGUGUGAGUUAAUCAUGUGCUAAAUAUCAGCUUGUGAUGUAAUGUAUUUUUACCAUAUGUAAUCAAGGUUGUCUUUUUAUGGUAAACUGUUAAAUCGCUCAAAAGGAAACAUGUAUGUGUAUGUAUGGUUGUCACAUUAAGACAUAUGGAUGGACUAAGCCUGCUUGUGGUCUUUAAUAUAGCAUAUACAAUAUAUAUUUUGUGGAGGGGUUGGCGGGGGAGGGGGGGGGGAAUAGAGAUUUAAUUCCUAAGAUAUGUGCCUAUAAGCACAUAUACAUUAAGAAAUAUGUGACAGAAAAAUGAUGUGAUAUAAAAAAUUACAAAAAAAAAGUUUUUUAAAACUUCAUAUACAAAAAAAUGCCAACAUUUUUUAGUGACUGAUCCUACACCCGAUAAUUGUAUGCGAAAUUGUACAUUUUAUAAAUGUUGCAUAAUGUAGGAAUGUUUUGUUUUUUUAAAUAAAUGAUGCAUUUUGUAUAAAAGUGGCAUUUUUUAGGAAUGUUACAAUUGUAUGAAUAUUAUAUGAUGUAUGAAUGUUGCAUUAGCUUACGAAUAUUGCACGCUGGUCAUAAUUUGGAAAUUGUACAUUUUAUUGUCACUUUUUGUUUACAAAAACAAAUAACAAACAUAUUCUGUCGAACGAGAAGCUACUACGAAAAUAUAUUUAAAAUGUCACCAUAAUUAACAUUGUUUUUUCUUAGCUUUCUAUAUAUUGUGAUGAUCCUUUUAUGCUUAUGUAUUAUUAUGUCUAUGUCAUGGUACAAAUCAUGAAUGAAUAUUGUAUGGGGCUUAUAUUAUGAGAUAAGAUGUAUAGAAUGUUCUAUUUUUAAUCACAUGACAAGUUGUAUUAUGUGUAUACUCCGUACAUUUAGGUCUAAUGUAAAUACUUCUUACUGCUGAAUUUAAAAAAAAAAUGUUUGAAAGAAUUUUUCGUUAUUAUUUUUAUGAAUAUUGUUUUUCAUGCAUUUGGUAAAUAA